GGAGCCUCUUCGGUCCGCGCGGGACGGGGCUGAGGCGCUUGGGCAGCCGCCGAGGCGGCAGGGCAUGGAGACGGGGUUCUGGAAACCAUCUGGCCAGGUCCAACUUGUAGUUCCGAGUCAGCAGUUCGGUUCGCGGCGGGUAAGGUUGCCCUGAGCCCGUAGGGUUGAGCCGAAAUCCUGAAGCUGGUGAUUAUUCCCCCCACGCCGUCCGCCCCCCCCCCCCCCGCUUUUUUUUCCCCCCUCUGCCCUCGAUACUUCCGAAGAGCCCGUAAAGUCUGCAGCGAGAGACUGGGGGAGGAGGAAGAAUUAAGGAAGGGAAAAAAAAUGGCGAGUUGCAGGAGCAGCGUGGAGAAAGCAGCAUUUUUGUGCUGCUUCUUACUGGCAAUAGGGAGCCUAACGUCUAGCGCCCGGCCGGAGGAGGAGGAAGAGCAAGAAGAGCAGCGCUCCUGUCACGGUGCCUUUGAUCUCUACUUCGUUCUGGAUAAGUCUGGAAGUGUCAGAAAUCAUUGGACUGAGAUUUACUCUUUUGUGGAAAGCCUAGCCGAGAAGUUCAUAAGUCCAAUGUUGAGGAUGUCUUUCAUUGUUUUUUCUUCACGAGGCACUACAAUCAUGAAACUGACAGAAAACAGGGAAGCCAUAAGACGGGGGCUCGACAUUCUUCAGUAUGAAGUGCCUGGAGGAGACACGUUCAUGCAUGAAGGAUUUAAAAGGGCAAAUGAGCAGAUUUACCACGAAACCUAUGGAGGGGUUCGGACUGCUAGUGUGAUUAUAGCUCUGACGGAUGGAGAAUUGCAAGAUGUUCAGUUUUAUUAUGCAGAACAAGAAGCCAACAGAGCCAGAAGCUUUGGAGCUAUUGUUUAUUGUGUUGGCGUGAAAGACUUCAAUGAAACUCAGCUCUCAACGAUUGCUGACAGCAUUGAUCAUGUUUUUCCAGUUACGGGAGGCUUUUAUGCUCUGAGAGGAACCAUUGAUUCAAUUCUCAAGAAGUCUUGCAUUGAGAUCCUGGCAGCUGAACCAUCGAGUGUUUGUGCAGGAGAAUCAUUUCAAGUUGUGGUAAAAGGCAAUGGGUUUUAUCAUGCAAGAAAUAUCGACCAGGUACUCUGCAGCUUCAAGCUCAAUGACAGCCUUACAAUCAAUGAAAAGCCAACUCAUGUUCAAGAUACUUACUUACUUUGUCCUGCCCCAGUGAUAGAAGAUGCUGGACAGGUGGUUUUCCUACAAGUCAGCAUGAACAACGGGCUAACGUUCAUCUCCAGCUCUGUCAACAUCACCAGCACACAAUGUCUGACUGGGACCAUUCUUUUCAUUGCCCUCCUAAUUCUCUUUCUGCUGCUGACUCUGGCUCUUCUGUGGUGGUUCUGGCCCCUUUGCUGCACAGUGGUGAUCAAGGAGCCACUGCCACCUCCACCUCCAGAGCCUGAAUCAGAUGACGAAGAUGGGUUGCCAAAGAAAAAGUGGCCAACCGUGGAUGCAUCUUAUUACGGAGGUCGAGGUGUUGGCGGGAUUAAAAGGAUGGAGGUGCGAUGGGGAGACAAGGGGUCAACAGAGGAAGGAGCAAAAUUGGAGAAGCCCAAAAAUGCUAUUAUUAAAUUGCCAGAACAGGAGUAUGAGCCUUGGGAACCCAAGCCGAAGAAGCCGCAUGUGAGAAAACCACCUUCCCAGCAGAAGUGGUACACUCCGAUCAAGGGUAAACUUGAUGCACUGUGGGCUUUGGUUCGACGAGGGUAUGAUCAAGUCUCUCUUAUGAGACCACAGCCAGGGGAUAAGGGAAGAUGCAUAAACUUCACUCGGGUGAAAUCGGAUGGAACCUCUGCCCCUUACAGCCCACCACCAAAGCUGCCACAGCGUGAUGAUGGUCUUCUCAACAAUGCUCUAAGGAGUCCUCCUCCUCCUGUGUCUCUGCAGCCCCCUUCCAGACAGCCACCUCCUGGACCACCCCCAUCCCGAGCUCCUCCUGGACCUCCUCCUUCACGCCCACCCCCACAACCCAUGGCUUAGAGUGCAGCAAAACCCUGAUCAACAAAAUAUGGCUCUUUGCUGAACACAGCAUAUUUAUUGAGUAUUGGUUUACAGUUAAAGAUAUCAGAAUUUGUUGCUGGUCAGCAAAAAAAGAAGAAAGGGGGAAAAAAAAAUAUUGCCAAGUGUCAAUUUUAGUGUAUGAAUAUAUUUAUAUCACACGUGCUGAGUAAACAUUCAGUGGAUAGAUUCAGAGCUAUGGGGUAUAGAAACAAACAAAAAUGAUCAUCUAGAUAGAGUAGCAACUUUUGUAUACAUACGUUUGAUCAUUUUACUUAUGACAUUUGCCUGACUUGGUACGUCAGGUCAUUCAUUAAUAACUUUAGCCAGUACACAUGCAUCAGUUGUUUUGAUAGCUGCCGCCUACAACUUGGUUAAACAUAGAUCAUUGAGGAAUUUACUUUAUUUUCUCCCAACAGUACUGCAUCCAGAUCCUAAUGUGGAACCAUAAUUGCAAAGAUAACUUUCUGCCUUUAGUUCUGCAGGUCGAAUUUCCAUGAAAGUUUAUAAGAAGGCUAUAACAAUAAUGAGGUCAAAUGAGCCAAUGUGCUAAUCUAGCAACAGUAAUCUAGCAUAGAAGAGGGAUAUCAUUUUCUCUUGAAAAAAUCACUUUUGAGCCUGCCAUCUCUGCACGUGUUUGGAUUUGGUUGCUUAGGAUAGCUACUGAAGGCCAGAUAUUGGUUCUAGAAAUCCAAAGUUUGAACAAGACCUGGGUUCACAUUUGUCGAAAGUUUUAAUGAAUUUUGAUUAAAAUGUUCUGGCUAGUUUUGUUUUACAGAAGACAUGGUCCAAAAUGGAGAAAAUAUACCUGAAAUCUGAGCAUAAAUGCUGUAAUAUGCAGCAUAUGUUAGUUAAAUUAGCAGGAAUGAGGGACUGAUUCCAUUGCUAUUUAAUUGGAUACGUUUAUUUUUGAUCUUGCUGCCACUCAGAACUAGAACGUCUUGUGAUUGAAACAUGAAUUCCUCUACAACUCUUUCUUUAGACAGCCCAGAUCCCACUAAUAUGUAACCUUGCGUUCUACCUGUGGCUGAGAGUCAUGGUGUGAAGCAUCAGUACGACCUUCUGUCUCUGUUUUAUAUAAGCAUUUGGCUAGAUGAUUUCCCAAACAUUGUGGCUGCUUGCCCAAUGAUGACCUCAAUUCUGUGUGUCAUCAGAAAAUGAUAUGAGCACCCACACAGAGGUGGGAAUUUGUGACGCGGGACUGUGGGACAGCCCAUCAAUAGAGUUCACUAAGCAAUACCUAUGUGGGUUGUGCCCAGAUCAUUCCCUAGUAAAUCACAGUAACACCCAAGCUUGCUUUUUUUCCACCACUACCUAUCAUAUUGUAUCAGAGCGGGUGGCUGCAAAUCCCUGUGCUGGCUCACUUUGGCACCAGCCAUGUUGUUAGGAUAGCUGUAAAAUAAUGUUUAUGUUGUAUUAUGAUGCAGUGCAUCCCUUCAUCUGUGUGUAGGUGUGCACAUGUAGCACAUCAUAGUAGUUGCUGGAUCAAGAUAAAACACUUACUGGAUUGUGCAGUUAUUCCAUAUUUAAGGCUUCUUCAUGCAGUUGUUACAGGCAUAUAAAGUUGCACUGGUACAAAUAGAAACCAGGCUUACCAUUUCCAGUCGAAGUCCCACUUGCAAAACACCAAGCUCUCAUUGGUCUAUGCUUAUCAUUGUGACAUGCCAUAUGUAUGCAGCUGAGGCUUUCAAACUCAGAACUAGAGAGCCUCCUUCUCUUCUAGCAUUGCUCUACUCUCUUGAGUUACGCUCUUACUUCAUGUAUGUUGGUGCAGGUAGUGAAAUCACAGUUGUGGGUGCCAGCUGGCCUUGGAGCUGUUCCUAAUUUAAGCUUGAGCCAGCAAAGCAUUACUGCAUGCAUUAAAAUGUUCUGCAAGUCAAGAGGAACAUCUUUAUGCCCAUCCUUAUACCCAAGUACUUUGCUGACCAGUGACUUCACUGUGAUCAAAAAGGAGAAUUUAGAUGCACUCAACCCUAUCCUCAUUCCUUUUGGUCACUUGAAUAGUGUCUGCAUAAUUUAGUCCAUAAGAAUGGAUUUCUGUUUGGAGGAGAGAGAAGUGUAUGUGUAUGUGUUUGCAUGCGUCUGUUUCUGUAUGUGGGAACUGCGUAGGUUUUUGUUUCGUUUCUCUCUCUUUACAAAAAUUGCUUGGAGAGUAGCACUGCCGUGAGUAGGAAAGCCUUUUGCAGGCAGUGUGACACAGAGUUAUCACUUAUCCUUCAGUUGAAAGGUG